CGCAACGGGAGGCAGCGAGGCAGCGUGAAAUUAGCGCAGAAUUGGAAGCGCAACUCACCAAGAAGAGCGAAGAAAAUGCAGCACUUUCUAUAUCCGUUGCAACUCAAAAACAAACGCUUCACAAGGUUACGGAAAAGAAUGGAUUGUUCCCGAAUUUCCUAUCCCCAUCAACUCAUAAUCACUCCUACAGGUAUUCUGAAUUGAAGAUUGAACUAGAAAACUUGAAGACAAUUUCGACAUCAUCUGCCGCGUUUCUUACUGAAGCAAAGGAGACAAUGCGCGGCUUAGUAGACCUGAGGGAUGAGGCACAGUUCGGCCUUAGAGGCCUCGAAUCCGCAUUUGAUGACGAUGGAAAGCUUAUACUGACUUACGAAACGAGAACCACGGUGGAGGAACUUCGCUUAGAACUCUCGAAAACCCAGCAAGUUGCUGAUCUUCUACGCGACAAGUUGCAUAGUAUGGCUUCCGAGUUGGCCGAAGCGCGAUCUCGGGUUUUGGAGCUGGAAGGUCUGGUAGCAGGUGAUAUGCGAUCCGUCGAGAAUAUCACUUUACAGCUUCAGGAUUCCACGAAGCACAUAUCAACAUUGGUAGGUUAUUUGCAUGAACAGAGAAAUGAGUCUGUCCGUGCUGCGGCGGAGGUAUAUGAAAUGCUGCAGCAACUUAAUCAUGCGAGUGCACGCGUGAAAGAAGUAGAAUCCGAACUCGCGACGAUGACACGGCGGUUUUCCGAGUGUCGAGACACUGCAGAGGAACAGAAAGUCCAACUGCAUUUACUUCGGAACACAGUUGCCUUCCAAGAAAGUAAUUUAAAGGAUUUGGAAGCGAGAGCAGAGAAGGCUAGCGAAGAUUUGCGCCAGGCGUUGGGUCAGUCACGCGAACUGGAAGUCCGAUUGGAUGCCGCCAAGGACCGUGAGAAGAAUCUCCUUGAACAAAACCAGCUCCUUCUAUCAGAAAGGGACACCGCCAACCAAACCUUGAGGGCCUUGCAAAAUCAGACUGCCGAGGCGCACAUGCGCGAACUAUCACUGUCUCGUCAGUCGUCGAAGAUCACAACCGAGUUGGACAUCGUUGUCGCGAAGAACAAAGAUUUGGAGCAAGAGGCAAACUUGUAUCGCAGAAAACACGUGGAAUCUUCAGGCGCUCUUAAGGCACUCCAAAAGCAAUUUGAUGAGCAAUCCGUCGCGCUUGGAAACCUCCAGGAACAACUCCAUUCCGCCGAACUGCGCACAUCCGAGGUAGCGAGCGACUUCAAAAGCGAAAUUGCCUAUCUCCGAGAACAGAAAGGGUCGCUAGAAGCUAGGCUUGACACCGCCUUGCGAGAGGGAAAUGCCAAAUCAGAUAUGCUAAUAGCUUUGCGGACGGAGGCGUCCCGCAAAGAAGGUGCCAUUGAAGCCCUGUUACACGAGGAGAAGCAACGAGGAGAUGAAGAACGCCGUCAAAUCGUGGAGACCGAAUCUAAAGUCCAAUCACUUCACAGGGAACUCGACCUAAGGAACAAACGGGUACAGGACAUGGAAAAGUGCCUGGCAAAACACGCGGAUGAAGUGGCAAAACUCACAUCACGUGUCGCGGAGUUGGCUGCGACGGAGCAGGCGUUGUCGAUUAGGGCAAUGACUAUUACUCAACGCUACGCGAAGAAUGACUUGAACGAUGACGAGAAAGCUCUGGUGACGACGUUGAUGCAGAAGGCUCGUACUCUCCAUGAUCGGGAAAUAGUGGAGAAAAGCAACGAGAUUAAACGGCGCGAUAAUCUCAUCAAGCAAUGUGAAGCAAGGAUCUCGCAGCUGGAGCGAAACCUUGCGCGGCGCAUUCACGAGCCACAAAUAUACUCUACCUCGGAAGUCAUCGCUACUCACACCCUAGUAGCAGAUAGUCCACUGACAGAUCCUGAAACGAAAUCUGCAACAGGCCUAGAAGACCAACCCGAGGGCCAGCUUACACUCCCGAAGGCUAAUCCCUUUCGUGAUGUUCGCUCGUCCAAAGUGCCUAUCCAUCCCACAAUCCUAUCAACUUCUCCAAAACAGCUACCAAAGUGUCUGGGCUUCUCCAAUCUGGCAACAGAAAGCAACGAUAAUUCCGAGUCGCCCCGUGGCAACCACCUUCUCGACACGCCUGUCCAUCCUGUCGCCACACCGACUUCAUCGAAACAACUAGCAGGUAGUCUGAGCUUUUCCGAACUAACAACCGAAAACGACAAUAGCGCCAGAUGUGGCGAAGGAUGCCUACCAAUGAGCAGCAAGCGUGCUACGUUUGCGGAAGGCGGAAUUGAAGCAUCGACGUCAAGGCCGGCCCGUCGUCGGAGGUGUUCUAAACCAACUGAAGGUGACAAAUCGGUGGACAAGGUUCCCCAACCGACGGCGAAGAAAAAGGCCACGAAAAGACGAUAAAGCAAUUCGCUGUUUAUUUUUCCAGCCUAUCCCUGACACACGUUACCAUCUCUGAUCAAGUAUGCAGAGACUCCACGUGAUGAAAACCUAGUGUGCUCAUGGCGACGAUAACGAUGGAUUACAAUGUACAACUCUACAGGAAUUGCCUCUGCUCUCUUGGAACAAUUCUAGGGAAUGCGACACGUAGGUAGAAGGCGACAUGAAGAGGAAGCACGAGUAUUGUAUUCUUACAUAAGCACCGUAUGCGAACCAUGGAGUAUGUCCUCAUAAUGAAAUUCUGGUGAAUGGACUUCAUACAUCGCUAAAUUCGUCGGACAGCUUCACCCAGCGCACGAUGCUCGAUGACAGACUAAGGAAGGCAACCGCUACUUCGACCGAUGAAAAUUUGAACACCCCAUAAGGACGUCAGGCACUGAGGCACCACGA